GAUACAGCACUACUUAUAUCCUUCCAGGCUUGUAGCGCUAGCUAAAAUACAUAAUAUUGGCGUUGGCGGUGUAUGACAAAGGCAGCAGGCGAACUUUGUUAUGCGCCCCGCUAACAGUUUUGCUCGAAAACAUAGACAACCCAUGAAUCACAACAGCUAGUUGAGUCCCGCGGAGAGACCGCUACGAGCUGAGCGGCGAUACGCAGCAGCAAUGCUUGCCAUCUUUCGUUGCUGUUUUUCUGCCGGAGGUCAUACUGCUGCAGGAAAUGCCGCAGACCAUGAGACAGCUGAGCUACAAAACCCGCCUGAAGAUGCAACAACGGGCUCCGGGUCGCCUAACUACAUUAUGGCGUCGUCCACUUGGAGCGCGGCGAGUGCAUCCACCUGGCUGGAGCGUCUGAGUGCUGGUAUGCCGCUUGACAUCGCGAAUGGCGAUGCAACCGCGAAGUGUGGAUUCGUGCGUCCGAGGCUUUUCGCCCUCGUGGAGUGCGACCAGCCAUGGACCGCUGCUGCGACUGCACAGUGCACGGCCGGCGAUGGCGUGGCCGCAGAACUUAUGCGCGGCGGCUGCUCGGCCAGCCGCCCCGUCCUUUCCAAGCGGCGGCUUGUCCCGCUGCCCAAGAAUGCGGUGCCCACGGCUUCUCCGUGGCUGCACGGCGGGCGCACUGGUCAGGAGUGCGACGGCACCUCCGGUGGCGGCCACCCGUGUCUUGCCGGUGUUUUCUGCGACUACGGCCUGAGCACGGAGGCUGAGGGCCUACUGCUGCUGACAGCCAUUGAGACACAGGAGCCUGCUUGGAUGGUUCGGCCGCCGCGAUCGCCUUCGUCUUCAUCCGCGUCCGCAGCAGCUGCUGGGCAAGCCGCCGCCGUCACGUGCGCCUCCAAGGCCGCCAUGGGCAACGACCUGCCCGAUGGAGCAUCUGCGGUUGCGGCUCUGCCGCUGUUUGUGGCGGCGGCAGGUGGGGCUGGCGUUCCAGGCCGGUCGAGCGGCAGCAGCGGCAGUGAUGACGCUGGUGCCACGGCGGGAUCGGCGCCAUGCAGCGCAAAAGCCAGCGGCGGCGGUACCCGGCUGCUGGCGGUGGUUGCACUUCUCGAGGGCGCAACUGGCAGCGCCCAGACCCUUCUGCGCAUGGCGGGUGCCGUGGUGAUGCCGAUGGGACCUCCAACCGCACCGUGCACUGCUGGCGCCCAUGCCAGGGGCGUACUGGGUGGUCAAGAGCCGCCGGCGCAACUGCAACUAGCCGUGCAGCGGCGGCUGCUACAGCCCAUGGCCACUGCACUGUCCGCCUGGCUGGCCGGCAACGAUAUGAGCCGCAUUGCGUGGCUGGCGGUCGUGCUGCGGCGUCUGUACGACAGCGACACGAUGGAGGAGCUGACGUCGGCGCUGUGCGGGGCGGUGGAGGAGCACGUGGCCCGCGAGGUGCCGGGCGUGGAGGCGGGCGUGCGCCUGGCGCUGGUGCAGCCGCCGCCGCCGCCGCGGCCAUCGGUGGCCGCCGACGCAGCGAGAGAUGCGUACACCUCACGCCGCCGCCUGGCCUUCUUCCUCGUCCCGACGGCAGCUUCGGCUCCCCACGAACACGCCCCAUCCGCAGAGCCGCCGUACUCCACCGGCGGCCUGCUUGCUGUGGCCACGGAGUCGGGCAUGCGUGCGGCGCCCGCAACCCCCAAGGCGACCAAGACUGUGACCGAGACCGCCAUCUUCGAUGUGGAUCGUGAUGACGCGAGCAGCGGUUCGCAGCAACAGCGGCUGCAGCCGCUGCAGCGGGGCUUCACGGCCUCCGACGUCAGCAGCGGCGGCGGCGCGCCGGUGACGACGCAGUGUGGCGUAGCGGCCAUGACAGCCUCCGGCAUGGGCAUUGCUGCCGACAGCCGCCACACGGCCUCUGGGCCCGCUAACGACUACGUCGGCACUGCAAGCCCGGCACGCGUCACCGUGGACGCAGUGGGGGCGGCGCCCACUGCUGCCAAGGUGCCGCCGCGGCAGCAGCAGGCUGCUGCUGCCGCCGCCUCUCCUCUUGGUGGCGGCCGGCGGGCUGCUGGCGUGUCGUCUCUGCAGCUCAAGAGCCCUAUGCAUGUCAGCCGUCGCGUGCAAGAGCUAGCUGCUUCGGCUGCACAUCAGAAGGGGAUGCCACGCCGCGCUCUCUCGGGAAACCUAACAGGCCUGGCAAGCUCCGCGCAGGGUAGCUUUGCCGGCAAGAGCAAGACGCUCGUCAUCCCCCUGACCGCCACCGUCCAGCAGCAAAGCACUGCGAAGCAGCGGGAGAAAGGCAGCAACUUAGACAGCGGAGCGUCAUCACGCGGCGUUGCGGCGGCCCGCGAUUGCGCCGCCGGCGCAGCGUCCACCCCUCGCGAUCUGGCCCGUGUGCCGGCGGCAUCGGCUGCAGCAGCUGCAGGCGAUGGCGGUCCCACGACCCAGUCCACAACCCUUCCAAGCGUGCUGCUACCGCUGCGGACCGCGCCUGCUGGUGCCAACUGCGACGCCACGCUGCUUGACAAUGACUUCGUCUGCGCCACCGUGUAUGCGGCGGGCCCGCAGCUCCACCACAGCGGCACCAUCCCGAGCAGCGCCGCGCUGAGCGGCCUGCUGGUGGGCGGCGGCAGCGUGCGGGGCGGCAUCCACGCGCAGGCCUUCGAGCUCAGGGGCACACUGCUGGCGGCAGCGCUGGCGGCGAAAGCGGCUGCCGUCUCGGCCCCUGUUGGCGGCGGCGCGGCGGCGCGACCUGCUGCAGCCGCUGACACACGCCCGGAUGCCGCGGCCGUACGGCCGCCAGCUGGGCGCCAGCAGCCAUUCCCGCCGCCGCCACAUCAGAAGGCGGCUGGCAGCACCGAUGCGGCGGUGCUGGUUGUGGAGGACGUGAACAAGCGGCUGCAGGACGUGGCCCGGCCCUGCGCCGACCUGUGCAUGCUGAUGGCACCGCCCCCGCCGCCUCCGCCGCCGCAAACGGCUACAGCCUUUGCAGCAGACGCCGGCCUGGCUGCAAGCCAGCGGCGUGGAGCGGCCUGUGUGCCCUCGGACACCCGCCGGUUCCUGCUGCCUACUGCUGCUGCCUGUGAUGCGGCUGUCAACGCGGGCGGCGGAACUGCUGCAGGGUUCUCAUCGGGUCUCAACCCCGCUGCGGCACCUGCGCCGGCGGCUGCAGGACGCCAGCAGCUGCCCUUUGUUCCGCCGCAUUCUGUGGCCUUGCUGACGUUCAAGCUGCCGUCACCACCUGCUGGUGGACAAGACAACGCGUCCCUGGCAGCCGGCGGCGGCGGUGACGACGCAGCCGCCGCAGCCGGUGGCAGAGGCCGUGCUUCCGCGACCUCAAGUGCCGGCGGCGGCGAGGGUGCUGCGUUGGGGCUUUACCUGUGCUUUGAGACAUGCCUGCCACGUGCACUGCUGGAGGCGGUGCGGGCCAGCUGCCAGGAGCUGCUCGACCUGGCGCUGGGCCCCGCGCUGGAGGCGCUGCUGGCCGGCCCGCUGUCUGCCGAGUUCGCCACUCUGUGCACCGCCAAGCCCGGAGGCGGCGGGGCGGCGGCGGGGCCGAUGACCUAUGCCGUCAUCAAGACCGCCAGCACCACCCAGCAGCUGCAGCAGCAGCAGCACCUGCUGAGGCAGGAAAGCCUCCUGGCCGCAACCUCCGCUGCAGACACCCCCGCUGCGGACGCUGACGCAGUGACAGGCAGCAGGUUCGCGCCUUGCGGUCUUACUUCUGCCGACACGCCCGCCGCCGGCGCAGCCAGUUUCUACGACACCGCGCUGAUGACGCUGAUGACUGGCGGGUCCAGCAAUGCGCCGCGGCUGCCGCCACAGCAGCGGUUAGCCGCCGCCGCCGCCGCCGCCUGCCGCCGCGACGGCGGGGCAUCAUCAGCGGCAUUGCCCAUGAAGCCGUUUGUAGUCACGAGGUCCCUCUUUGGCACCGGUUCCAGCUUUGGCGGCGACAGGGCACUGCUUUCGCCGCGGGCACAGACUGCUGCUGCCGACGGGCCUACUACUGGUGCUGCCGCCGCCGCCAUGCGGCGAGCCAUAUCCCAGAGCCUCGCGGCAGUGGGACCUGCAGCCGCCGCUGCCCUGCGCAGCUUGGCUGGCAGCAGCAGCGCGCAGGCACGCGGGAAUGGCAGCAACAGCUUUGCUGCGCAGCUCACGGCGGCGGCGGCGGCGGGCGCGUAUCCGCAAGGCGCAGCCACAGCAUCUACAGCCGGCGGCGCGUCAGCAGACGCGGCGGCACGCGCCAUGACGCUGGUUACAACUAGCUGGGAGGGCGAGCUUCCGCUUCCUGCUGGUGGGGAGGGUUCUGGGCAGGGCAGCCAUUGCAACAGCCACUGCAUUGGAGCCAGCGAGGGCGGCGCGGCGGCUGCUCCUGCUGGAUUCCCGACCACGACCGGCCGGGUGUCGUUCUCCAGCGCCAGCAACAGCACCUCAUAUCUGAUGGUCCUGGCGCCGCCGGAGGCCCCCGCGACGGCAGCGCGGCAGCAGCUCGAGCUGCUGGAGUCCAUGGCGCACCAGCAGUCCGCGGCGGCGGUGACCGGCGGCCCCUUGGUGACCGGGUCCGUCUACAACAUCGGCGGUGCGAGCGCCUCUGCUGUUGCCCAAGGCGGUGCCACCCGUGGCAGCCUCUACGACAGCGGCCGCUUCCACAACAGCUUCGCGGAGGACCUGGUGGACCUGGAGCUGAUCCAGGUGCUGGGCUACGGCGCGGCGGGCGUGGUGUUCAAGGCGCAGUGGUGCGGCAUGGCCUGUGCGGUCAAGCUCAUGGAGGUUCCUACCCUGGAAGACCUGGUGGAAACGUGCGGCGGCGGUGCCGGCGCCGGCUCGCCAGCUGAAGGUACAGGAACAGUCGCGGCGGCAGCAGGUGCCGUAGUGACACGGCCGCCGCAGCAGGAGCGCACCUCCGCCGCCGCAGACAACAAAGAGCUUCUUGCCAUGCGCUACGACGCCGUCAGACGCGGCGUGGAGCGCGGCAUUCUGCAACACUGCUCGCACCCAAGUAUUAUCCAGGUGUACUCGAGCUUCAGCAACAUGCGGCUGAUGCGGUCGGCGUGCGGCAGCCGCUAUCGACUGGUGCCGGAUGCCCAGGUGGCGGCGGCGGCAGAGGACGCAGGCAAUGGGGACGGAGGCUGUGCUGCUGUAUCGCCGCUCACGACCGCGGUUGUGUUUGAGCUGGCGGACAUGGGCUCGCUGUCCUCGGCGCUGGUUCAGAAAAUCUUCCCGCGCCCGCUGCCCGCGCCGCGUACGGCCACCUGGGGCACGAUGACGAUGGACGUGCAGGGCGUGUACAUGGUUCUGCUGGACGUGGCGCUGGCGCUGAGGCACCUGCACUCCAUGAACAUAGUGCACAGAGACGUCAAGGCUGCCAACCUGCUGCUCAAGUCCAGCACCAGCGACCCGCGCGGAUUCACCGUCAAGCUGGCGGACUUCGGAUUCGCCAUGCGGCUCACGGAGUUGGCGGAGGAUGGGGCCACUCGUUAUGCUGUGUCUGACCAGGCCUGCGGCACGGUCACGCACAUGGCCCCAGAAAUUCUCAAGACAGGCACUCGCAUCACCUGCAGCUCCGACAUCUACGCCUUCGGGGUGCUCAUGUGGGAGGUGCUGCACUGCGGCCGGCGGCCCUACCCAGAGAUCACGCCCGAGCAGAUCCCCACAGCCGUCAUCGCGGGCGCUAGGCCCGUCUUCAUUGGGAACCACAUGCCGCCGCCAUUCAGGACGACGGCGGCCGCAUGCUGGGCCGCAGACCCGCGCAAGCGCCCCACCGCCGCGGAGCUGGUGGUGGCGUUGGCGGGGCAGGUGCGCAGCUUCAGCCGCCAGUAGGCUAGCUGCGGCAGGUGGACAAAAGUAGUAGAAGCCAGCAUUGCAGAACGGUACCCCAUCUUGAUCAAUCGGCCGCAGCUUGUAGAUGUUUGGGGGUGCCUUCACGCACUGCAUAAUUGCAAUAACUUGGCGCACAUUGCAGAGGUGACUUGGUUUUGUCCGGUCACGAGACCGCCUGAUACGUACUGAGAUGGAUAACUGCGGCCGUACACGAGGCCGCCUGAUACGUACUGAGAUCGAUGAAUGAGCUGCGCGCGGCCGUACUUGAUUGAUUAUGAGGUGAACCCCCGCGAGUCAGUGCAGGGGAGCACACAAGCUAGCAUUGCGUGGACGGAUGGUGUGAUGGCAACGAACUGGGUCGGUGAAUCCUGCUGCAUACGCUACCCCCUGUUGUGCUUUGUCAGCAGAGGUAGUGUCAAGUUGGGUAGGGUGUUGCGCACAUCUCAGUGACACCGGGGGCAUCAGGGGCAGCUGCAUGUGCCCUUGCAUCAGCGCACACGUACGCACACUUUGGAUUCAUUAAUUUCCUCCGGUAACGGGCCGGUGCAAUGUGUGGCAACCGACUUGGACCCCUUUCAAUGCCGUAUCCGCGGUGACAGCGCACCGCAGAUCCCCUGAAACUGACUUAUCAUCGCAUAUGUGUGCGUUAGUGUAUGCUCCUGGUUUGGCUAUGUGCCUGAGGAAAUCGACCACGGCUAUGAGGGCUGUCCGGGCGAUGAGGUUGUUCGGCCUCAGACUGUGGAGGGGCUCAGCCCCUUUUCCCGUGACCGGGGAACACUGGAAAUGGGUUGCCUUUAUAUGGAGUACAGCAGUUGGAAUGGAAGGGUGGCCAGAGGUUGUAGGAGGUUGGCGGGUGGGAGUUGAUGAUUGUAUGGAUCCGUUGCUUGGCGCGUUGCGCCAUCAUGUUAGGAGUACUCCUGAUUUCAUUCGUGCGCCUCAAAACUGCCUGCAAGCAACUGCGUGCACUGCCGUGUGCACUGCCGUUUGCUGGGAAGCGAGGGUGUGGACGGGGUCCGCUAGUCGUGUGCGAUGGGACAGUGGUAAGGCACUGAUUGUGUAUGCGGCGCGGCACAGCGGCGCGGCUGUGGCGGCCUGCAGCCGCGGGUAUCUAUUGGGCUACUCAUACCACUACAGUGUGUUGCGAUGAUUGUGAAUGCCCGGCAUGGACAUGUUCAACGACGGGGCUGAGACUUGGGGCACUACGUCAGUACCACAAUGACCCUUUCAUUCUGAAGUGGGUGAAGUAAGGAAGCUGGGCAGGGCAGAUUGAGCCAAUCUUGGAGGCUUGCCUCUUGCUGGUGUGCCGGGAAUGAAAUAUGGCAGCAGGCGAGACUUCUAAAGGAUGCGGCUUGAAGCUGAGAUGGACCGCGCCAUCUAUGCACUGAAGCAUUGUUGGCACGAGCUGACGCGUCCAGCUAGCCGUGGGUGCCCUACUGAGGAAACGUUGGCGGAUGGUUGAUUGGACAUGAAUGGAUAUCCGGAUGGCGGCAGUGGAGCAUAACAAAGAAUCUGCCGGCGACACCCAAGUUGCUUGCGGUGAAAUACCGGUGUAUUCAUCAGGAUAUUCAUGUUGGCACAUUACAAAGCAAUGCCGUCAGUGCUGAUAUCUGCUGCUGUAUCUGAUGUGAAGGGCUGCUCGCCUAGGACGUCCGUCAGAACGUAUGUGGUGUGAUAACAUGUUGCGUGUACUGCCCUCUACUGUGGGUCAGUUG